AUGAAAGUUUUCGCUAUUGUCGCUCUUUUCGUUAUCCUCGCUGUUUCCGCUGCCAUGGCUUACGAGAAGGACAAUCACUGGGGUGGUCAUCACCAACACGGAAAAGUUGGAUACAAAGUUGAUGUCCACCAUGGUGGUUGGGGAAAACACGACAAGGGAUGGACUGAACUUUACGAUUCCCGAGACAAAACCACUGGAUGGAAAUCACAUGGUCAUGAUAACGGUUACGGUUCUGGUCAUGGUCAUGGUCAUAAUAACGGGUGGAAAAACUAA